UUUGUUUUAAUUUUUGCAUUUUAAUUCCUGAGGCUGUACCUCUCUUUCUAUACGAUAAAUUAUUGUACACUUUGAUACAUUUUAACAGUUUUGGGUUUUUUUUUUUUUUUUUUUUUUUUAUGUGCGCAUCAGCGCAUGCAUCUCUUAGCUUGUUCUAAUAAAGGUGGUCUCCCACGCAGAUAAUGGCGGGAAAAUCACUUUGCCCUACUCAACCCCUCUAUUCUCUCUGAUUUCUCACAAUCACCGAUUCAUCGCUCACUGUUUUGUUCGUUGCUCUCUUCUUCAUCUAUUUUCUCUCUCCUCCUCCAUCAAUUCGUCUCUUGAGAACAAAUAAUGUCGGAAGUCGAAACCCUAGGAAUUCUCGAAGAGAUAUCUUCUCUCGUUUCCGACCGCCUUCAAGUGGUUUCUUACAAGUGGCUUAGUCGUAACUUUCUGGUGUCAUCGAAUGCUGCUAAAAAGUUGCUUCAGGAAUUUGUGGAGAAACACAAAGAUGACUUAGAAGUAGUCUACACUGCAUCCGGAUGGUUGAAGAAAUCUCCACCAACUUACCACAUAAGACUCGUUCCAGGACCGAAACUUGCAGAAGCCGAGCAUGAUUUUGAUGGUAGUUGCUCAGUCCAAGUCUAUAGUGUACAAGCCUGUAUCCCAAAAGAUCCAGCUGCUAUAUGGAAUGCAGAGUUUAUUCAAGCUGAAGAGCUUUUCAAGCAACCUGUUAUAAUAGAUAAUUGUCUCAGAGAUAAUAGGUUCUGUGGGGUCUCAAAUUCCUUUGUUAAGCGUAAUGUUGAAGGAGCUUCUAUAGCCGUGCCAGUGCCACAAACUAAAGGUGUAGGGAUGCCAGGUCAGGCUGUAGGUAGUUUAGCUAACCAAAGUCGUUCAACUAUGCAACCCGAGCCAAUAAAAUUAGACCAAGCAAGCCCAAAAUUACCUCUGCAAUCUUCCACUGUAACCACAUCCGGAACUGAAGCUGGCAGGUCUGGUACUUGUGAGCUAGAAAUCAAGGAGUCAGAUAAGAAUAAAACUUAUCUUCCUAUCAAGAAGAAAGGUCAGAGUGAUAGUAGCUCAGCAAAAACUGGGAGCUCCUUAGCAAACUUAUGGGGUCGUGCAUCUUCAAAAUCCAAAUCUAUCAACUCCCCUGCUGAAGAUAAAUCUGCUGCUUUGAAGACAAAUGUGACAGGUGUUUCAGAUAGUGCGGAUGCUCAAAUUAGUGCUCGUGAAAACUUGGAUGCUCCAAAUAGUGAUGAUGAUGAUGAUGUCAAUUUCAAGAGACCUUCCAAUGAUGGUGGCAAGAAGAGAAGGGUAGUCUUUGAUGACUCAGAUGAGGAGGACUAUGAAAUGGCUGUUAAUCUAGGAUCGCCUGAUGUUCCGAAAGGGAAAUCAUGUCAAGAUGCAAAACAAAAGAGUACAACAUUGGACAUCAUGAACAGUAUACCGAAGUUUGAUGAACAAGAGGAAUGUAAACCAAUAGUGAAGAAAGAAAAAAUAAUAGGUGAUGUCAACCAUUCUUUUCAAGAUGAUCUUUUAGCUCUUGACAAGGGUAAGAAUGUAAAGAUUGCCCCAGAAGGGAACCAUGGAAGAACACCUGAUGUUGAUAUGAGUAAUAAGAAUAAAGGAGCAGAUGUUGCUCCAAGCUCACCUAAAAGAAGAAAAGUAUUGAAGACACGAAUUGAUGAACGUGGGAGAGAAGUCACUGAGGUGGUAUGGGAAGGUGAAGAGGUAGACACGAAGGAUACAGAUGCAAAGAAGAGUAGUAGCGACAUUGCGAAAAAUUCUAAUGGCCACACCGGGAAGGUUGAAGAGAAUGGUCCAGCAAAUCCUGUUAAAAGGGCUGCUACUAAUAAGAAGUCUCCAGCAGUGGGAAGCACAGUGCCUUCUCAUGCAGCAGGAAAAGCUGGCAGUAAGAAAGGAGCAAAUUCAAAGGAUCCUAAGCAAGGAAAUAUAUUAUCGUUCUUCAAGAAAGUAUGAUUAGUUUUGUGAAAUAACAUAUAGUGUCUUCUUUUUUCUUUUUCUUUUUUUUCUGUACUCCAAAAUAUCUCAGCCUGAGUUAAAUACAUUGUCUUGCUACGAAUUGGGUAGUGUAAUUAUGUUGUGCUGCAAUCUCAUGAGCACUGAACACAAAUAUACAAAAUUCUCUGCUGUUGUAAGAGGGCCACCUUCAUUUGUUCUUGCGAA